AGUAGCUCGGCCCAUAAGUCGUAAAAUAAACAUGUGAAAAAAUAUUCGCGUUGCGUUUGAGUUUUUUUUAGCUAUAUAUCCGAGAUAUAGGAAAAAUCAAGACAUAUCAUGGACGGUGAUAGUGAUAUUCAGUUGAACCUUCACACUGGGCCAGCUGGUAACCAGAACUAUCGUAACAAAGAUGAGAAACAGACCAAGAUUCAGAGGAUCAAAGCAAAGAAGCUAAAACGGAGGCAAGAGCUCGAGAAAAUAAAUGACAUCACUGUAAAAAGAGCAAAGACUGUAGCCAAAAGUCCUGAAAAAUCUGACGAUGCCCAGAGCAAGGAGCCAAAAAAGAUUCAGAAAGAGAAGGCAUCUCCCCAUCACAAAUUCUCCAAAUCUAGUCAGAUUAUUUCCUCGCUUUUCAAAAACAACCCUGAGAUACCAGAAGUAAAGUGUGCUACAGUAGAAAGAGUAAAAGAAGUCGUUUUCUCAUCUGAAAAAUUUGCUGAAGUUCCAGAGCUUCAUCCUUUUAUGGCGAGGAACUUGGAUGAGAAGAUGGACCACAUCACUACCAUGACAACGGUGCAGAAAAGAACCAUACCAGAGGUCCUGUCAGGUCACGAUGUCAUGGUCAAGUCGCAGACUGGUUCAGGUAAGACCCUAGCCUAUGCCGUACCAGUGGUCCAGACACUUCAGGAUAUGAAACCGAAGUUGCAGAGGUCAGAUGGGGUCCAUGCUAUUGUCCUUGUACCAACUAGAGAGCUUGCUUUGCAAAGUUUUGAAACCUUCGAAAAAUUAUUACGCCCGUUUACCUGGGUGGUACCUGGAUGUAUAAUGGGAGGUGAACAGAGAAAGAAAGAAAAAGCAAGAUUACGCAAAGGCAUCAAUAUACUAAUCAGUACCCCUGGUAGAUUAUUGGACCACAUACAGAAUACAGAAUCUUUAUCACUCUCUAGGAUCAAGUAUCUCAUUAUAGAUGAAGCUGAUAGGUUAUUAGAUAUGGGGUUUGAGAAAGAUGUCUCUAGUAUUGUUCAUGCUAUCACAGAGAAACAACAAGCAUCAAGGCAGACUAUAUUGCUGUCUGCCACCCUAUCAUCAGGUGUUGAAAAACUUGCUGGGAUGAGUUUAACUAAGCCUAAGAGAAUAGAUGUCACUACUGACAAUGCAACAGGCGCCAAAGCAGAAAUCAAAUCUGAUGCAGAGACAGAGUCAGUGUUUGCGAUCCCCGAUAGUUUGAAACAGUACUUCCUAUUGGUGCCCGACAAACUGAAGCUGGUUGCUCUCACGUCUUUUAUCUUAGAGAAAUGCAAGUAUAGCAACAAAGGCAGCAAGAUGAUUGUGUUCUUUGCAACCCAGGACAUGGUUGAAUACCAUCAUAGUCUACUCAGCAGUACUGUGUGUAAAAAUGAGGACGAUGAUGAAGGGGACUCUGAUAUAGACCUCUUCACUUUACAUGGUGAAAUGUCACAAAAAGACAGAACUAAAAUGUUCCAGGAUUUUCUAGAGACACCAACUGGAGUUCUUCUUUGUACAGAUGUAGCUGCUCGAGGGUUAGACCUACACAAUGUGAACUGGAUCGUUCAGUACAAUUGCCCAGGUACCCCAUCAGACUAUAUUCACAGGAUUGGCCGUACUGCCCGUAUAGGCACCAAGGGCCAGGCUGUGUUGCUCCUAACGCCAUCUGAAGUGCAGUACAUUAAAAUACUGAAUGAACACAAGCUUAGUUUAGUUGAAAUGCAGCUUGAUGAUGUCUUAAAAACUUCCAUGCUGUAUAUAAGGGACAAUCCACCAAAGAACACAGAUAGGAAUAACAUUCCACAUACAGUACAGGAAAGUGCAACAGCAUUACAGAUGGUGUUUGAAUCAGCGAUAUACUCUAAUAAAACUCUUCAGGAUCUUGCAACUAAAGCCUACACAUCUUAUGUACGAGCUUAUGCCACCUACCCCGUAAAUGUUAAACACAUCUUCCAUAUUAAGACGCUACAUUUGGGUCACGUUGCCAAGAGCUUUGGUCUAAGAGAGGCUCCAACUAAAAUGGGAAGCUUUGUAGGAAAACGAGGGAAAUCAUUUAAGAAGUCGAAGCAAAAAGACAAACACAGCGGAAAGUUCAGUGGGCCAAAAAAGAAGCGCAGACUUGAUAUGAUCUCAGAGUUCUCCAGUGGGCUAAGCAA